AUGUCGUUCGCAAAGUUUGCGAUUGCUGGCUGCAUAUUGCAGUCUCUGCUAGUGCGCCAUCUAUGGCCAUCCCAACCAGCGGCCUUCGCGUGGCUUGUGUCCGCGAUUAGCUUCUUGUUUGGAACGGCCAUCUGGAAGCUCUAUCUAUGGCCGUUUAUGUUCAGUCCCCUAAGAAACCUCCCCGAGCCUCAGGGAGGAACCAUCCUCAGCGGGCAUACGAAGCUACUCGAAGAUGAGCGAUCUGGAAUGCCUUUACAUCACUGGAUCAACACGGUACAUAAUAGCGGUUUAAUCCGAUAUCGCAAGCGAUUUAACAAGGAGGUCGUGUUUGUGACGAGCCACGAGGGUCUUUCGCAGGUUCUCGUCCGGCAGAGCUACGACUUUUCGAAACCUUACAAGCUGCGACAGGGUCUAGGGAGGAUUUUGGGGGUCGGGUUGAUUAUUGCAGAGGGCGAGGAACAUAAAAAACAACGCAAGAAUCUCAUGCCUGCGUUUGCGUUCCGACAUAUCAAAGACCUGUAUCCGAUCUUCUGGGAAAAGUCCGUGUUACUUGCUAGGGAGCUGGAUGCGAAUAUCCGACAAAGUUCACAGCCAAAUAAAGUGUUUGACGUGGCAGACUGGCUGGCUCGCGGCACUCUCGAUAUCUUAGGGACAGCCGGGCUGGGAGAAGAGUUCAACACCAUCCAUAAUCCAGACCACGAAAUAGUCAAUGCGUACCGGAGUGUUUUUGAGCAGAAGCCGCCCAAGGGGUCAUUGGCUAUACUUCUGUUCCUAGCUCGCGAAUACAUCAUGAAGAACCUGUUCCCUGGGCAGCGCAAUGACGCUGUCUCGGUGGCUACCAGGACUCUCACAGGGGUGGCCCGUCGGUUGAUCGCAGGAAAGAGAGGUGUCCAGAAGAAGAAAAAGCAAGAGAACUUCACAGAACAUUCGAAGGACAUUUUAUCGGUGGCUCUGCGAUCUGGUACAUUUACCGACGUCAUGCUGGAGAAUCAUCUUCUGACAUUCCUCGCCGCCGGACACGAAACCACCGCAACUUCCAUGACCUGGGCUCUGUAUGCAUUGUGUCUCUAUCCAAAGGUCCAGGACAAACUCCGGGCAGAAGUGCAUAGCAAACUACCGGAUAUCCUUCAUGGCUCAGAAACCAAGUCAAUGACAGCAGAGCGUCUAGACAGCCUAUCAUACCUGCAUGCCGUCUGCAACGAAGUAUUCCGCAUCCAUCCCCCGGCUGGACUGACCAGACGGGUGGCAAUCAAAGACACGACUAUCCUCAAUCAACACAUUCCAGCCGGGACUGAGAUCGUCAUUUCUCCGCGGGCAACCAAUAUAUCGAAAGAGUUCUGGGGAGACGAUGCGCCAGAGUUUAAUCCGGAACGGUGGCUCGGCCCUAACCGCGCAAAUAAUGGUGGAAGCUCGUCAAAUUUUGCCUUUAUGAGAUUCUUACAUGGCCCCCGCUCUUGUAUCGGACAGGGGUUUGCAAGGGGGGAGUUUGCCAGUUUACUCGCUGCUAUGGUUGGGGCAUUUCGAAUGGAACUGGCGGAUAAGGAGUCUGAACUGGUCAUUGAGACUGGACUUACCUCAAGACCUAAAGGGGGAUUGAAUGUGCGCUUAACGCCGGUGCGUAGUUAA